AAGGUUGUCUCAUUGGUCCGCGCAGUCGGGACUCCAGCGGCUCCUCUCCUCGGGCUCCAGGCGCCGACCCACUUCUUUUCCUCCUACAGAGCGCUCCCUUUCUUCCUAAGUUCCCAGAGCUGCCAGCCCGAAGGGAUCCGGACCGAGCUAGGCCAGGCACCAUGACGACCUUGGAUGAUAAGUUGCUGGGAGAAAAGCUGCAGUACUAUUACAGCAGCAGUGAGGAUGAGGACAGCGACCACGAGGACAAGGACAGAGGCAGGGGUGCCCUGGCUGGCAGUUCAAUACCUGCAGAUGCGGAGUUGGCAGGCGAAGGCAUCUCAGUUAACACAGGUCCAAAAGGUGUGAUCAAUGACUGGCGCCGCUUCAAACAGUUGGAGACAGAGCAAAGGGAGGAGCAAUGCCGGGAGAUGGAAAGGCUGAUCAAGAAGCUGUCAAUGACCUGCAGGUCCCAUCUGGAUGAAGAGGAGGAGCAGCAGAAACAGAAGGACCUCCAGGAGAAGAUCAGUGGGAAGAUGACUCUGAAGGAGUUUUCCAUGAUGAACGAGGACCAGGACGAUGAAGAGUUUCUGCAGCAGUACCGGAAGCAGAGAAUGGAAGAGAUGCAGCAGCAGCUUCACAGGGGACCCCAAUUCAGGCAGGUUUUUGAGAUCCCCAGUGGAGAAGGGUUUUUAGACAUGAUCGACAAAGAACAGAAGAGCACGCUCAUCAUGGUCCAUAUCUAUGAGGAUGGCAUUCCGGGGACCGACGCCAUGCAUGGUUGCAUGAUCUGCCUUGCCGCGGAGUACCCAGCUGUCAAAUUCUGCCGGGUGAAGAGCUCAGUUAUCGGCGCCAGCAGCCGGUUCACCAGCAGUGCCCUUCCUGCCCUGCUCCUCUACAAGGGGGGCGAAUUGAUUGGCAAUUUUGUUCGAGUCACUGACCAGCUGGGGGAAGAUUUCUUUGCUGUGGACCUUGAAGCUUUUCUACAGGAAUUUGGUUUGCUCCCAGAAAAGGAAGUCUUGGUGCUGACGUCCCUGCAUAACUCUGCCACCUGUCACAGUGAGGAUAGUGAUUUGGAAAUAGAUUGAACUGAAGAUCUAGUGGCCUAGAUUUCUCAUUGUUUAGGCUGGAAGACGCAUGUCUGUGUGUUUAUUUUUGUUCCUUCCCGUGUCUUCUGGCUUUGAAGCUAUCCUUUGUAGUCUCUUUUAUUAUAUACGUAAAGUCAAGAAAUCCUUAGAUUAAAUCAAAAUGCUGAAUCACCUUGUGGCUAGCAAUAAAAUGACUUACAAUUGUAUAAACAGGAAACCAGGCUUUCGGACUGUUUACUUAAAAUUCUCCAGCAUGACAUCCUUGUUGUGUUUUCCAGUCAGUAUUUACAUGGCAUCCUAAAGACAGUGUCCUGGAAAUUGUCUUCAGGUGAUCUCAGAGGCCUCUGCCAGGUCUAGGAGUAAAAUGCUAUAGUUAGUGUGUUAUUUGCAACAUAAAUUGUGCAUUUCCUUAUUCAGAUGAUUGUACGUUAUAUUUAUAAUCAGAUCCAUAGUCUAAGAAGGCAGUUAAAUUUCCUCCCUGCUCCCCAGACCCUGUUCUCUCCCAGGGUCUUGUUUUAAAGUUCCAGGUGGCAUGUGUUUACCUCAUCAAGUGGGGCGCCCUUUGCCGUUGGAGUUGAUGUCCCCCUCAAGCAUUAUUAUGUCUAGAGGAGGAGCAAGGAUGAUGCCGACUGCCCUGUUGAUGCUAGAAGACCAGUUUGACUUACAAAUCAGAGCUGGCUGCAGCUGGAGAGCCUUUUUUAGAGGAGGGUCUUUGAGUAAAAUCAUACUCCUUUCUCUGUCUCUUUUAUUUAAUAAGGUAAUUUUUUGUUUCAUGAAGAUUUUUAAAAACUUCUAAGAUUUUUUUGGUAGAUGUAGACAUUUUGUUUGUUGUUAAAUAAAACAAUGGGAUCAUUCUGAGCAUACUGUUUUAUAGUAUGGUCAGCCAAUCUAGCAAACUCGUUUUCAUGUUCUUAAAUACUCUUCUACAACAUUUUUAAAAUGGCUAUUGAUAUUCCAUCGUAUAGAUGUCCUGUAAUUUGCUUGGUGGUUGUCUCUUAAAAAGAAAAACAGCACAGACUUUUUAUUACAAAAGUAAUAGAUGCUCAUUGUAGAAAAUAAAAUGUAAUAAAAAUUAUUAAGCUAAAAGCCUUAUAAUUCUACCAACCAAAAAUAAUCCCCAUUGUCAUUUUUACAGGUAUCUUUCUAGUCUUCUUUCUGUGUAAUAAUGAUUGCUAUUUGCUUUUUUCCUCUUGUUUUUUACUUAAAAAUGUAUAUUUUAGGGUCAGGGGAAAUGUAAUCUGGAAUUAAAUAUUGGCUUUAAAAUUCACAGUCUUGCUUUUCUUGGCUGUUGAGGAAUUGACUCACUAAAGAAGGAUCUUGAAAGUAUCUGUUGUAGUUAAUCAAAAAGAAAGUGCAUGUUUUUUUUUUCUGAUUAAAACUCAUUGUAAAGUGUGGAAAAUACAGAAAAUUAUUAAAAAUAGAGACGGUUGUCAAUAUUCUAGGUUAUUUCCUUUCAGUCUUUUUUUGAUAUUUUUAAUAACAUUGAGAGAUUACUAAAUUUAGUUAUGUGUUCUGUUUUAUUAUAUUGUAAAUACUUUGACUUAUUAUAAAAAUUUAAAUAAAUAAUUUUAAUGGCUUCA